AUGGCAGCCAGUUCGGACGAAAUCAGUCAUAAAAAGCGAAGGGUUACCGACACAAAAAAGAAGACAUCGAAACGAGUGAAGGAACCUCGUCCACAUCCAUCUUAUCGACUAAACAAACGUUACUGGGACGACAUACGGGCUGGUCGACGGUCAAACUGUUCUGUCAGUUCUGGUUUACAUCCCGGAAUAAGCCCACAGCUCUCACUAACACCAAAUCUGAUUGAACCGAUGCACAGCAGUGUGGCUGCUUACCAGAAACCUUUACCAUACUUGCCGAUGCCUGGACUUAAGCCAAACUUUCCGAUUCCCACAAAUUAUAUUCCACAUCCUUUUUUUAUGCCACAACCAAGCACUUCCGCUUGUCCGAAUUUUUUAAACACAUUUCCGAUCGCUUCCAGUGUAGCAAAUAAUCUUAACUUUGGUUCACCGGAGGCAAAUACGACUGAACCUGAAAAGUCAAAACCCAAUGUUUCUGGCGAAAAAGAAGCUUUUGAGACGAAUCCAUCUGACAGCGAUUUAGAGAUUGACAAAAUGGUUGAUGGAAUGAUGUUAUCGUUAGCAUCACAGAAGAAAAUCAAGCAACAGGAACCAAAGGAGAAUAUGACUGCUAAAACUUUCAGUGGUCAAACUCCACUGGUUGUACUGCCAAUUCCAGUGUCAAUUCCAACUCCAGUCUUUAUUCCACUGACAGAAACUUUUGUCAUGAAACAUUUUACAUCACAUGCUUGA